AUGCGGUAUGACGACAGGUACACACCUCUGCUGCAGAGGGCUGGCCUGGAUGUCAUAUCGUAUCAGGUUCGUCGUGGGUUGCCUCCAAUUAACCCCGCGGCGAUCACAGCUUUGGUUGACAGGUGGAGGCCAGAAACUCAUAGUUUCCACCUACCUUGUGGAGAGAUGACUGUUACACUCCAGGACACUCAGAAGAUCCUGGGUUUGAGUGUUAGAGGUCGUCCAGUUAUCGGACACUGCAGGCCCGAUGGUUGGAGGGCCAGAGUUGAGGCCUUCCUUGGAAGACCACUUCCUCCGGAGGCACCGACGCAGCGCACCACUGGGGUACCAAUUGCUUGGCUUAGGCAGAGCUUUGGUAAUUGUCCGGCACAUGCGGACCAGGAGACAGUUGCCUACUACUGUAGAGCUUGGAUCUUGCACCUAUUUGGGUGUGUUCUUUUCCCUGACGCGACAGGGGACACUGCAUCGUGGAUGUACCUCCCGUGCCUCACUGACUGGGACACCACAGGUACUUACAGCUGGGCUUCGGGAGUGCUGGCUUACCUAUACCGUAGCCUUUGUGAGGCGUGUCGUCGGACCGCAAGUAGUUCUUCCGUUGGUGGUUGUGUUUACGUACUGCAGCUUUGGAUGUGGGCUCGUCUUCCAGUUGGACGGCCCAUAGUUGACGCUCCUCGGGAAUGGUUUGCAGUGGGCAACCCUCGUCACCGUCCGACGUUUGCCCAUCUUUGGGACCAGGCGAAAGUCGCCUUCAGCAGGACUUCACGUGCGUACGUACAGUAUGCCAAUGAGCUCGACACGCUUAGGCCCUCCAUGAUCCAUGCUUGCUGA